UGCGCCGCGGCCGAGCCGGCAGCGGGCAGCCUCUGGCAGCCCGGGGCCGAGCCGCCCCCGUCUCCAGCAGCUGGGGUAGGAUGGCGCUGAAGCGGAUCCAGAAGGUAAGGGGCCCUCCCCCGCUAGGGCUUCUUGCGAGUCCGAAGCGUGGGGGUCUGAAGCCUCGAUUCGCGGGCGGGGGCGCCGUGGCUCCCAAGUGAACAGCGGCUGAGGAAUUAACCGACUUGCAGAGGGAUCCUCCUGCCCAGUGCUCCGCAGGACCUGUGGGAGAUGAUUUGUUUCACUGGCAGGCCACCAUCAUGGGCCCGAAUGACAGUCCUUACCAAGGAGGCGUUUUCUUCCUGACCAUCCACUUUCCUACAGAUUACCCUUUCAAGCCCCCAAAGGUUGCUUUCACGACCAAAAUUUAUCACCCCAACAUCAACAGUAAUGGUAGCAUCUGCCUCGACAUCCUGCGGUCCCAGUGGUCUCCAGCACUGACAGUGUCAAAAGUUCUCUUAUCCAUCUGUUCCCUGCUCUGCGACCCCAACCCUGACGACCCUCUGGUGCCAGAGAUAGCCCAUACCUACAAGGCCGACAGAGAAAAGUACAACAGACUAGCAAGGGAAUGGACACAGAAAUAUGCUAUGUAAGAGCCUCGGAGGUUUUGUGGGAGACACUGUCCAAGAGAAGCUAGCCAGGCAAAGAGGGCCUCCCCUGAAACUGAGCUGUCGGCUGAGCCACUCACAGAGCGUCAUCUCUCCUGCAAACAAGUGUUGGUCGCCCACUUGCUCCAACUGCAGCAUGUUGGUACCACUCUCAGCCGUCGUGGUUUUGACAAUGUCGUGUCUUUGAUGCCAAAUCAAUAGUCACUGUUACGAUCUUCAGCCUUCCUGGCUACACUGGAAUUGGUCCCUCCACCCCGAAUCACUGCUCGUCUCUUGAGAGUACAGUACACCUCCCCUGCCUGGCCUCACUCAGGGUGGCAUCGCUUGCCAUGGCGCCACAUGGGAGCCUCGGCCUGGCCCCUCACCAUGUGCUCUUUGCUUUUAGAACUCAGUGCCAUCCUGGAUCCCAGGGCAGAGCAGGCAGGCUUUCCUCACAUCCCGUCUGCUGCAAACUACGUCCCAAGGAGUCUCUGCUCAUCCCAGGAGGCUCCUGGGAAUUGGGAACAGUGUCACUGGGAAGUGGAGGCCUUGUCCUGCGGCUCCCACCGGUCUUCCUCUUCAGUGCCACACGCUGGCAUUUUCCCCUGACACCCAGAAGCAGCAAAUAGAAUGUUGAGAUAUAAAGCCCAUAUCACCCCAUGAGACAUGACUGUCUUUUUGGAAGCAAGAGCAAAAUUAUGAAACCUGGAGAGAUUUGAGUUAUGCUUUUCUAUGUGAUGAGGUUUUUCACCACCCCCACCUCUUCCCAGUUGGAGCCUACACUAAGUCCAAGUGUGAACCAUUCACAGACCAGAACACAGGGAGAAGGAGAGACUUUUAAAUGUAAAUAAAAAUGUAAUUCACUCAUAACCCUAAAUGAUAACUGACAUUUAAGUCUGCUUUUUUUCCAGGCAGAACAGAAGAUAUGGAAACUUUUAAUAGGUUCUUCAGAACCGUGAAUUAGAAUAGCCUGUUGGGUAACUGGCCUCCUCUCAGUUUUCUGAAGCAAUACAUUUUAAGGGUUGCCCUUAGAGUUCCAAGCUUUGAGAUUAGGUUAGAUAGGAGAAGGGCAGGAAAGGGAUUACUCUAAUUGAACCUCCAAAGAGGGAGGAAAAUUGAGGGGCUUCAAAGCUCUAAAGUCAAAUUUGGCCAAUCUUUUCUAAGUGGGCUACAAAGCUGGUCCACCCCCAGGACAGCCAUGGAAGAAACGCUCGGGUAGGUAGGAGCGGGGUGAGGGUGGGGAUGGGG